AUGCCGGAGCGACUAUUGGACUACCUAACAAGGCCCAAUCCCACGGUGGUGGUCGAGUCCACAGGGCCUCCGAAAUUCACUCUCAACGUUGCCUGGAAGCCAAUUGAAAACAUUGAGACAUGGGAUGAGUUCGACUACCAGACCCUCACAACACAGUUCAGGUCCCAGUUGAAUCGCCAGGUUACUCUGCCUGAUGUUACGUCCGAGUGCCAAGAUGGAAGAUUCAACAGACUUUACGAUGAGUCGACGUUGGAAAGCCUGGUUUCUUCAUCAAUAAUACUGCCGGUAUCAUCUGCUCUUCAUCCAUCUGAUUUAUUCCUCGUCAAGGGAGCGGCAACAUGGGAGACCGAUGCCUGUUUUCCCGACUGGGGAGCUGGGAAAACAAAUGGGCCCCAAAACAACGCCCGACGACCCAAAGCCAUUGUUCUUGGAGAUACCAAAUACCGUUGGUCACACCAGCAGGCCAUUGAUAUCAUGUCGGUUUGGAUUUUUGAUAACUGA